GUGAAGUUUGCUGCUAGCUGCUGCUAGCUGCUGUGGUAUCAUCUGGGACCUGGUUCAUUCUUGGCGGCGACCUGCAGAAACGAAAAACCAAAUUGUACAGCGUAGAAGAUUUAAAAUAGACAACGUUUAGAUUGCUUGUGUGAGCCGUAGUAGCCAUCAAGCUGGUGGACUGGAUAAUUUAGUGAAAUGGAGACCCGGCCUCUCUCUGGAUAUGGCUUUGUGGCCAGUGGCGUUAAUGCUAACUUAGCUAGCUAGUUAGCCCACUGAGCUAGGUAGCUGGAGUGAAUCGUUUAUCUAGCAAGUAACAACACUGGCUAACAUCAGCUAGCUACUCAGUGUUAGCAAGAAGAUACCCUCGCGUUAUGAUAAUCACUUAACAGCAGUGUUCGCCUACGUUAAACUUGAGGCAGGCUUUCGUUUUAAGUGAGCAGCUGUUCAGUUUGGCUAACAUUAGCUAGAUUGCCGCGCUAACAUGCAGUGGUAGUUGGGGAGCGCGUCAGUCGUCACCCACAGCUGCCUCGCACCAGCAGACUAACGGGCCGGUAGCUAAAAGCUGCCGGGCAUUGUGCGGUAUGUAACGUUAGCCAUGGCAUGCUAACCAUCCAUCAGGAAAGUUGGUGGCUGGUCGUAACGUUACAGCCAACGUUAGCACAGGCCAGCUCUGGCUGAACAUGUAGUUGUAAUGUGAAGAGUUAUAGAGAUAACGUUGCUAUGUUCAGUUGUCAUCCUUAACUUGCUUCAACAUCGGAGUUACAGACGACAGGGCCUUGCAGGUUUAGUGCACUGCGUUAGCACGUUUAACUAUCGUCAGCUCAGUCGCCUGAAUGCUGGUGAUGUUUGUUCAUAACAUGUAAAGUUAGCGAAGUUCGGGGUGCAACAAUGUAACCUCACACUGAGCUGGUCAGACAUUUUAUGUUUAUGAAUUGGCCACAAGCUGCGUUAGCUAGCACAAUGAACAACUCGGGAGUGUUGCCACAAGAAAAGAUGGAGCUGGAUCUGGAAAUCCCAUCUUCAUUAGUUCAGAGCGAUGGACACUUGAGGAGAUCCAACAGUGCACCCAUGAUAAAUGGCUUAAGUGAUAACUCUCAAGUGUUCCAGAGAGAGGUCCUGCGAAGCCGGAGGAAUAGCACUACAGUAGUCAACAGGCCCAACAUGGUCCCUUCAUCACCUAUUCGUGUCCCCAGCACCAGACUUCAUCAAAUAAAACAAGAGGAGGGAGUAGACGUGAUGAACAGGGAGACUGCUCAUGAACGGGAAGUUCAAGCCGCCAUGCAGAUGAGCCAGUCCUGGGAGGAAAGCCUCAGUCUGAGUGACAAUGAUUUGGAGAAGUCGGCAUCGUCGUCUCCAAAGCGCAUCGACUUUGUGCCUGUGUCUCCUGCCCCAUCCCCAACCAGAGGGAUAGGAAAGAAGCAGUGUUUCUCUCCUUCACUACAAAUCCUUGUGAGCAGCAACGGCCUGACACCAAGCCCAAUACCCAGCCCAACGCGACGCUUCAGCCGACGGAGUCAAAGCCCCAUCAACUGCAUCAGAGCCAGCAUACUUGGACCGAUAAAACGCAAAGGUGAGAUGGAGACAGAGAGUCAACCUAAAAGGCUUUUCCAGGGUACCACCACCAUGCUGUCCUCUGACGUCUCCAACCUGUCGGAUCGCAGUUCCUGUCAUUCUCCAGAUUUGCUGGACGGCAGCCUCAGCAGCGUCGGCUCCUCUACAGACUCGCCGGGCAAAAUGGAGGGGGUCUCGCCCUCCUCGUCCAGCAACUCCCCCUUCGCUUCCCUUCAGGAUUUGUCCCCAAAGUGAGCAUGGGAGAGCAAAAGAAACUCAAAAGGACUGGAGUCAAAAAGCCUCUCUCCAAGGAACAACAAGUUUCCUUCUCAGACCCUCCACCGCACCAUCGCCUAGAUUUGGUUUAAGUGGAACGUUUGAUUCUGAGCAGCUGCUUUCAUGGCUACAUGUUGGAUUUGAGAUGUGUUAUGAAUUAAUGGCUGCCAUGGAUGAGUUUCCGUGUGUUAGAGGUAAACCCUGUGACACUGGGACUGUCUGAAGACACUGUGAGCACCAGCUGCUAGUAGAGGAUCUUUGAUGGUGCUUGGCUUUCAUAGUAAUAUUGCGUUCAUAAGUGGCUAUGCUUCAAAUCUGUCCUACCAGUCCCCCUCACUGAAGAGAGACGUUGAGCACUGGACAAAGAAAGACUAUUGGAUGUUUUUGUGCUGGAAAACUUCUGUCCACAGGCUUUUGUAUGUACGCAGUGUGAACAUUUUGUAAGAAAAGAUUUAACUUAUUGUUUCCCUGCUUUGUUUGUAAUUAUGUACAUAUUAACCAUGUCUAAUGUUGUACAAAAUUCUCAGUUUGUGAUCAGCUGUGAGGUGAAUGUGGGCACAAGUCUUCAACAGCAAGCAUUUUCUUUGUAAAGAAACAAACUACUUCUGGGGUACAACCGUGGACAUUUCCUUCCUGCUCUACUGAAAUUAUGUUUACAGCAGAUAUUGUUGAUAUUUUAUGAUGGAGGCUGUGAACUGUGGUGACUUUGUUUCAGUUCGGCUUUUAAGCCCCCUUCCCCGUGACAUGCUGCAACUUUAAUUGCCUCGUAUGAGCAGUUAAUAAACCUAGCAGUAAUUUGUGGAUGAAAAACGAUGGUCGUACUGUCGGGAGUCAACACUAAAAGUUCCUCUGUAUCCUGUGUUAUUGUCAGGAUGUUUUUGUAGAAAGGCAGAGAAUAGAAUUGAUUCAGUUUCCUCUGGCAAAAUUUUCGUAUUUAUGGAAAAAAAAAAGUUUAUUAUAAAAACUGAAUGGUGAUAGGUUUCUAUCCCCAGUAAAAGAAAUCCAUUUGUGUUGUCAUUUACACCUAAUCAACUGACCGCUGGAACGUGCAGCAAAGACAAAAUGGCACCGUCACAUUGUGAGUAAAGAGACUGCUGUUUUUGCUGUGGUUACAUUUAUUAAAGAGCUUUUUGCACAGGACACUAUUCUGGAAUAAUUCAGCCUAUGUGUUAGCUGGGGAGAAGUAAAACAUUCUCGUAAAACAAGAUCUUAAAAAUACAGUAUGUGAAGGUCGAGCCUGUACUGUGAUUUUUGCACCGUCAUGGCCCCAGGGGUCCAUAACACCUGUGUAAUGUCUGCACCCUUUAUGGCUGUGUAGCCUUUAAUUUGUAUGUACAAGAGAAAGUGAUUGAAAAUCAUUUUAUGGAAGCGUGCUCUUUAAUUUAAAGACGAGUGUGGUUGCAGUUAAUUUACUGAAUGUCUUGUCCUGUACGCAAGAAAAGAACAUCUGUCAGUUCGCCCUGCUGGCAUCAAGAUAUUUUUUUCCAAGAUGUUAUUUUCUUCUUUUGCUAAAGUAAUCUGAUGAAGUAUUCGGGGCACAAGUUAAGCAAAUAAUUGUAAACUAUACUGUAUGUCUGUGAUGGCUGUAAUCUGCCAAGCAUAGCUAACACCAUGCCUAUGCUUGUCUUUUGUGAUUGCAAUCGUGGACA